AUGGCUUCAAGCUCGAAUUGGACGGCAAAACAAAACAAAAGAUUUGAGAAUGCACUAGCAAUGUUGGAGAAGGACACUCCAGAUCGUUGGCAGAAGGUGGCUAGAGCUGUGGGAGGAAAGACAGUAGAAGAAGUGAAAAGACAUUAUGAGAAGCUUGUUGAAGAUGUGAAGCUGAUUGAGGAAGGACAUGUUCCUUUGCCUAAGUACACAAAUAAUGGUUGCAAUUACAUGAUGGAUCAACAAGAUAAAAGGAUGAAGGCUCUAAGUCUCCAGUAA